CAGUUACCACCACCAGCCAGAAGAGGCCACACAGCCAAUGCAGGCAGGCAGUUCCUUUUGGUUCCGAUUUCUGUUCCUAUUUCCGCCAUCGAAUUCCGCCUACUCUGAUCCUUCGCCGCCAACGUAGGAGGUGUACCGAAGAUCGCAGCCGGCGAAUGUGCGAUAUAUAGUUAACGGUAAAAGGACUGAUACGGCGACAGUUGAGAGAGAAUAGUGCCAUUCCGUGAGUAAACCUUCAUCGGAUCUUGUACGCUUGUGUUAAACGACGAACAAGAGAGAGAGAGAGAUGGAGGUGGUGCCGGUGGAGCAAGAGAAGGAAGAGGCAAUGGAAGGUUGGUUGUACGUCGUGCGGUCCAAUCGAAUUGGAUUGCAGUACUCCUUCAAGAUCACCAUCUCAAGAGCUUCAAGUCCGUCCCUGAUUCUACUGACCAGAAAACUUGUGGUGUUGGCUUGGUUUGCCUUUUGUGUGUUGGCAGAAGAACCAAGUGUUACAGUUGAGGAUACAGUUUCUAUUCAAGGUGGGAGGAGUCAUAUUCUCUGCUUACUGUUCAAGGAGAACUUUGCUGAAUUUGUAGAAUCUGAGUUUGGGUGGACUGGAUAUGGGGAACUAUCUGGGUUUUGGAAAGUAUUUUGUAUCCACUUGCUUCAUAGAGUUCAAGAUCCUCUAAGAAGCGCGGUUAUAGAUUCCUGUAUUCGAGUGACAGACAAUGGAAGAGAGAAUGUUAAUAGAAAAGUACUCUUCAUUUUUACACUUUUUAACAGUUCAAAUCACAGCGAUCAACUUAAGUUGGGAGCCAGCAGUCCUGAGGAAGCAGCAAAAUGGAUUCACUCAUUUCAAGGAGCUGCUGUGAAGGGUAGUAAUAACGUUGUAGGUUGUUCAAGGAACACCUGGCAGUCCUUCAGAUUGACUGAUUCUGGACGAGUACGACAUUUUAGAUCGAUAGAUUGGACUCUUUGUUCCACUUCAGCCACACAUACUGAUCCAGUAAAUGAUGUGAUUGCACCUUCAUCUUGGACAAUUUUUGGAUGUCAAAAUGGUUUACGUCUCUUUAAAGAAACAAAAGACAGAGAUUCUCAUGGUAAGUGGGAUGACCAUCCUGCAAUAAUGGCCGUGGGUGUGGUUGAUGGAUCAUCGGAGUCCAUUUUCCAAACUCUCAUGUCUCUUGGUCCCACGAGAUCAGAGAAAACCUGUUUCCAGAAAGGUUUGAAAUUUACUUUUUUCCUUGCAGAUGGGACUUCUGUUUCCACAAAGGAAGUCUGGUUGAGCACCUUGAUGGCCAUACUGAUAUUAUUCACAAGCAGUUGUACCGUGACUGACUACCUUGGUUCGGAUCGACUUUAUAAUAUUCACAACUUUAUAUUGAUUCAAUCAUCUCAAGGUCUGAACUCUUAUGCUUGCUAUAUCAUCCAUUUCAGGGGAAUGAAACGAAGAGAUCUUCUGCUGCGGAGGUACUGGAGGAGGGAGGAUGAUGGAACGUAUGCACUAAGGGAGCUGUUCAAGGCAAAACUAGGACCCUGUGGCCCAGAGUUUUCAUCAGGAGAGUUGGCAGGUAGUGGAUUGAACGUGACUGUCGUGGAUGUGGGUACUGAUGAUGCUGAAAUGAUAACCAAUGAUGAUGUCAAGGCAAGCAAGUGUAUGGCCGAAGAAGCAGAUAACGCUCCUUCGGGGCGUGCAAGCUUAGGAGGCCUUAAUGAUGCUGCUGCAGAUGAGUUUUUUGAUGUUCCAGAACCUUCUGAUAGUGAAUGCUGGAGUUACGAUUUUGGUUCAGAAGGGCACUCUCAGGAUAUGCGUCAACCUAAGCUAUCUACCGCAGCUGGUUUCGUGAAGAAGUUGCAUGAUCUUGCAGGUGCCAGCAUUGCACCUGUUCUUGCAACCGUCCAGUGGAUUUUCUCAUUUUGCCAAAUUAACCAUGCCAUUGCUUGUGCUUUAGUUCAAAAGAGGGGAUAUGUGGACUUACAAGACUUGGUUAGAGAAGACAAUCUAUCCUGCGGCUAUGGGACCACUCUUCCUAAAGAUGAAACAUAUACAAUGCUCUCCAGCUGGGCAAUGACUGAUCCUUCAACCUUUUUGAUUCGGGGAAAAAAUUAUCUUCAAGACCAGAAGAAGAUCAAGGCAAGGGGCACUUUGAUGGAGAUGGUUGCUGCAGAUUGGCUAAAAUCUGACAAGCGGGAAGAUGAUUUAGCAGGCCGUCCUGGAAGUAUUGUUCAGAAAUAUGCGGCCCAAGGUGGGCCAGAGUUCUUCUUGAUUAUAAACAUACAAGUGCCAGGUUCUACAACAUACAGUCUUGCUUUGUACUUCAUGAUGAACACACCUUUGGAAGAUUCGCCAUUGCUACAGAGCUUUGUAAACGGGGAUGAUGCAUUCAGGAACUCGAGGUUUAAACUCAUUCCUUACAUAUCCAAGGGUUCCUGGAUAGUGAAACAAAGCGUUGGAAAGAAAGCAUGCCUAAUUGGCCAAGCACUGGAAAUGAACUAUUUCCGGGGGAAGAACUACCUCGAGCUUGGAGUGGACAUAGGGUCAUCUACAGUCGCAAGAGGCGUAGUCAGUCUCGUACUGGGCUACCUUAGCAAUUUGGUCAUCGAAAUGGCUUUCCUUGUUCAGGCUAACACGGAAGAGGAACUGCCGGAGUAUCUGCUGGGGACGUGCAGGACUUUGAGUAGGAUCUCGGUGAAUGGCUCUUGCCCUCAAACUAGUACCGGUUUUGGUGCUUACUUACGCGUUGGUGAACCAUUGUUUCAGUUGACAACUAAUCAUUUCUUCUCUCUGGCAUACCACAUAUGUUUUCCGCUAGUAAACAGCUACGCUGUUGAAGAUGGUUUUGGCCAGUGUGAAAAUGUUGUCAAGAAGUGGACCACCUCAGCUCUUGAACAAGAAGCUAAGGAAGACAAACAUACCCUUCGAGAUUUGUUGUUUUUUCUUCAUGUCCCAAGAACUGGAGGGCGCACUUACUUUCACUGUUUCUUGAAAAAGUUAUACUCUGGCUCAGAUGAGUGUCCCCGUUCUUAUGAUAAGUUACACUUUGACCCAAGCAAACAAAAGUGCAGGCUAUUGGUUACUCAUGAUGACUAUAGCAUGAUUUCUAAGCUUCCCAAGGAGAAAACUUCAAUGGUGACCAUACUCAGGAAUCCUGUUGACCGGGUCUUUAGUGCUUAUGAGUUUUCAAUUGAAGUAGCUGCUCGGUUUUUGGUGCAUCCUAACUUAACGUCUGCAACUCAAAUGGCUGGUCGCUUGCGGUCUAAAUCCCCCGGAAUGAGUACAUUGGAUAUAUGGCCUUGGAAAUACUUGGUUCCAUGGAUGAGAGAAGACCUGUUUUCUAGGAGGGAUGCAAGAAAGCUUAGAGGCUCAGAUAGAAUUGAGAGCAAUAACCCAUAUAGCAUGCAGGAGAUUGUGAUGCCAUUACUUCAAUAUAUAAAUGACCCUAUAGCUCGUGAUAUUGUUCACAAUGGAGCAACUUUUCAGAAGAGGCUUGAUGAUAUGCUGUAUGUUGGUCUCACAGAGGAUCACAAAGAAUCUGCUACAAUGUUUGCAAAUGUGGUCGGAGCACAGGUGAUAUCCCAGACAUUAUCAUCAUCAUCAAAUGCUACCACAAAGUGGAAACCGGCUAAUCAGAAAUCAGGCCAUAGCUCUUUGAUCUCAAAUCCCGAGGCUGACCACGAGGAUCAUCUAGUGGGGCAGACUAACACCACAGUUCAUUCCACAGAUCAUUUAAGUGACAAUAGAGAAAAUAUGACGGUGAAGAAACUAAUGGGGUCUUAUGAAGGCUGUAUAAAGAAUUUAAGGAAAACACAUUCGCGCCGUCGAACUCUCUCCCUGAGGAGGAUUGCUCCUGCAAACUUCUCCAAGACGGACCGAGUGAAGGUUCCUGAGAUGGUGCUCGAGGAGAUCAGAUCUCUGAACCAGCUAGAUGUGGAGCUUUAUGAAUAUGCUCGCAACAUAUUCACUAACCAACACCAGAAAAGUCUCUUUCAACCAUAUGACACCACUGAAGGCCUGGGAAGGCUCGGCAGCAUUUUCAGCAACUAUUCAUCAGAUGGAGGAGUAAUGUCGUUGAGAUUACUGUCACUGGGUAUGUUUGUGGCCUUGUUCCUCCUGCUUGUAUAUGUCAACGCCAGGAGGAAAAUAUCGAAAGUCAAAAUAUAGAACUGAACAGGUAAAAACAAAACGUUACAGCAAAACUACAUGUAUAAAUACGUGUGGGGAAGGGAGCUUUGAUCAUAGUUUCCCACCUGCUCCAACUCCAACUUGAAGCUUUAAGACGAACCGAAAACAUGUGAUGUUGGGUACAUCGUACAUUGUAUUGUGAGUGGUGGUUAAUUAUUUCAAAUCUUUCGAGCCCACAAAUUAGUAGUGGCGGUGGCAGUGGGACAGUGGUGGUAACGUAACAAUUAGACCAACGAACCCUUUAUUCGUUAGUUUUUUCCUUUAUUUGGGAAUGUGAAGGCUACCAAAUCGGAG